AUGACCGCUUUCUGGGAUGGAUUCACGCCCUUGAAGCUGACUUUUGAGCCGACUCUAAAGGAAGCUGCGGCUCCCUCUGCUGCUGCUCAGGUGCAUGAUGGCUUUCUGGACGGCUACAAGUCUGUGAAGCCGCGGCUCCUUCUGCUGCUCAAAGCUAUUCUCGCAUCUUCUAGCGAAAAGUAUCACGUCAUGGUCACGGGUCACAGCCUGGAGGGCGCUCUUGCCUUCCAUCGGCAUAGCCCAUGUGCUGCUCCUUCUAACGAUGCCACCAACCAUCCAUCCCACUAUCCCAUCAUGCCCCACCAGAGGUCGAUUUUGCACAAGGUCAAAGAAGCCUUCACCCUCUCUCUCUACAACUUCGGCUCUCCUCGUGUGGGCAACCAUGCCUUUGCUGCUCGCUUCAACCAGCUUGUGGGUGACAGCUGGCGCAUCGCCAAUGACCAUGAUAUAGUGCCGCGUGUCCCCUACGUGUUCUACAAGCACGUGGCCACUGGGGUGGUGCUUCGACCCGACUCGCAGAAGUUGGAAAAGGUGGGUGGGAGUGGAGUGAGUAGCACAGCUCAUGUGGCCACGGGGGGUGGUGCUGUGAACCGCAUUGCCAACGACCAUGACAUAGUGUCUCGUGUCCCCUGUAUGUUCUACAAGCACGUGGCCACGGGCGUGGUGCUCUGGCCCGACUCGCAGGAACUAGACAAGGAUGCCCUCCUUAAGAAACGACUCGAUACCAUCACAACAGUUAGCUUCCUGCAAGCACUCGCAGCCCGCAUACUUCCUCUCGCUGCUCAAGGUGAGCUGUUUGGCGGUGGUGUGUCGGUGGUGGAGUGCUGGGGUGAAGGUGGGUUAAGACACAAAGAGUCUGAAAGCGCCAGCAAGCACUCGCAGCCCGCAUACUUCCUCUCGCUGCUCAAGGUGAGCUGGUUGGCGGUGGUGUGUCGGUGGUGGAGUGCUGGGGUGAAGGUGGGUUAA